CAUCUCUAAUUUACCAAACAGUCAUAAUAAAAACAAGUGAAGUGGAGGAAAAACAUAUAAAUAAAGCAACUAAUCAUUUUGUAUCUUUUUAACUGAUAAUUAUCAAAAAUGGGAUGCGAUGGUGGUACCAUACCAAAACGCGAUGAGCUGGUGCGAGUGAAGCAAAAGCCUGAGCAGAAAGACAAAGAUGCAGAGCGUGAAUUUCGAUGGCUGCACUGUGCGUUGACCCAGCAGCGUUUACAGGAGCCCAUUGCUAUGUGCUCAAUGGGACGCCUCUACUCCAAACAGAGUGUCAUCGAGCGAUUGCUGGAGAAGGAGAAAAUGCCCGAAACCUCGGCACACGUGCGCAGUCUGAAGGACAUCAAAACGCUCCAAUUGACACCAAAUCCCGCAUUCACGGACGAGGACAAGACCGAGGGUUUGCUGGACACACGUCAUGCACCAUAUAUAUGCAAACUAAUUGGCCUAGAGAUGUCGGGCAAGUUUCGCUUUGUUGCACUGUGGACCUGCGGUUGUGUCAUGUCGGAACGCGCUCUGAAACAGAUCAAAGGAAGCAUGGCUAGUGCCUGUCCACUGUGCCAAAUGCCAUAUGGCGUGGAGGAUGUCAUUGUGCUGAAUGGCAACGACGAAGAUUUGGAACUCAUGAAGGUAAAAAGUGAAAUGCGUGAGGCCAAGCGCAAGUCUGCUAAAAAGGAAAAGAAAAAUGCCAAGAAAACGGAAACAUGCGUCAAAACAGAAACUACUGAUGAGAUUGCCUCUACUUCUAACGCAAUAGAAAAGCCCACCACCAGCAGCAGUAGCACCAGCAACAAGCUGAAAAUGAUAGCCAAUCCGAAACGCUUAGGCGCUGUCAAUGCUAUGCAAGAUCCUGAGUUAAAACGCCUUAAAACCGAUUUUAGCGUAGCGAAGGAUCCCAAGGCAACCGAUGUGUACAAAUCGUUGUUCACCAGUCACAAAACUGAUAAGGAACAGGAACGCGCUCACUGGAUCACCUACAAUCCAUUCUACAAUUAAUGCCAAUAUCUGACAAGGAUGAAUUUUCCCACUUGAUCAGCCUCAAUCCAUUCUAUAAGUAGAGUAGUAUAUAU